CAUCUUUUCGUUUGUCCUGGCUCAUUUUAUCAGCGGGCUCGUCAAGGCUGACAGAGUCCUGUUUCCUGUGCUGGGGACCAGGUGGGAGUACCUGCAUGCAGGGAAUGCAUACAAGUAGCUGAGAGUUCAACAUCUGAAAAACAUCAAUGGAAAAUAAUUUCAAUUUUGAGGGCAGUGACGUGUCCUAUGAAGACAAUGACUUGGCCUUCCCCUCUCCACUAAGACUAACUCCACCGGACCAGAGCGCCAUCUAUGACCUGGAGGGCGGGAGACGGGAAGAGGAGGAGAAUGAGCCACCUGUGGAGGCAUUCGUCAUCCCCAGGGAUUCAGAGGCUUAUCUGAACAUGAACACUAAUGCCACCACAAGAGGGGAUGCUCAAGCCUAUGUGGAGCUAAAUGAGCUCAUGGGCAGCACCUGGCAGGAGACUGGCCGCUGGGUGGGCUACGAGGAGAACUUAAACCCUGCCACCGGAAAAUGGAGUCCUGCUCAUGUCUCCCAUCUCACCUUCAAGAGUCUGAUCCAGCUCCGCAAGACAAUGAGCACAGGUGCUGUCAUCCUUGACCUGAAUGCCAGCAGUCUGUCUGCUGUGGCUGAGAAGAUUGUUGAUGAGCUGCUGAACAAGAAUGAGAUUCGUGGCACUGAUCGUGAUGGCCUGCUGAGAGCUCUCCUCCUGAGACGCAGUCAGACUGCAGGACCUACUGUUAGCCCCACUGGAGACAUUGAGAUGCAGACCUUUUCUGUUACCAAGAAGAGAGACACUUCUGACAACAUGGAGGCCUCAAUUGUCCUGUCGGGUGUCGUGGAAGUUCUGGAGAAACCUGUAGUGGCUUUUGUGAGGUUGAGAGACUCUGUGGUGAUGGACUCCUCGCUGGAGUCUCCUGUCCCUGUCCGCUUCGUGUUCGUGCUGGUGGGCCCAAGCCAGAGUGGGAUAGACUACAGUGAAAGUGGCCGCGCUAUGGGUGCUCUGAUGGCUGACUGGGUGUUCUGUCUGGAGGCCUUCUUGGCCCAAACUGACAAAGACCUGACCAACGCCAUUGCUGACUUCAUGGACUGCAGCAUUGUGAUCCCUCCCACUGAGAUCCAAGAUAGUGAAAUGCUUGCACCAAUCAUCAAUUUCCAGAAGAAGAUGCUGCGUGACAGGCUCCGUCCUUGUGACACCCGUCUUGCCUAUGGUGCCAGGGUCAGAGUUGAUAAACCUCCAGAGGAGCCGCGGGAGGACCCCCUGGCUCGCACAGGGUAUCCAUUUGGUGGGAUGGUGAAGGACCUGAAGCGCCGUUACCGGCACUACCUUAGCGACUACACAGAUGCUCUCAACCCUCAGGUCCUUGCUGCUGUCAUCUUCAUCUACUUUGCUGCCCUGUCCCCUGCCAUCACUUUUGGAGGACUUCUGGCUGACAAAACAGAAAAAAUGAUGGGCGUGUCAGAGCUUAUGAUCUCCACUGCCAUCCAGGGUGUCAUCUUCUGUCUCAUUGCCGCCCAGCCUGUCCUUGUCAUCGGCUUCUCCGGACCACUGCUGGUGUUUGAGGAAGCUUUUUACGCUUUCUGCAAGUCCCAGGGCAUUGAGUACAUCGUGGGCCGUAUCUGGGUGGGGAUGUGGCUGAUAGUGAUCGUGGUCAUCAUUGUUGCUGUUGAGGGCAGCUUCCUGGUCAGAUUCAUCUCCCGCUUCACUCAGGAAAUCUUCUCCAUCCUCAUCUCUCUCAUCUUCAUCUACGAGACCUUCAAUAAGCUCAUCAAGAUCUUCAAAGCCCACCCUCUGAUUCUGAACUACGACCAUCUGAAUGACACAAUGGACAACCCCUUCCACCCAGUCAUCAAGGAGCACGUUGAGUAUCAUCCAGAUGGCAACAUAACCAUUAAAGAGCUUGAGAUUGAAAGGCCCUUCCCCAACACUGCCCUGCUGUCUAUGUGUCUGAUGUUUGGUUGCUUCUUCAUUGCCUACUUCCUCCGCAUGUUCAAGAAUGGCCAUUACUUUCCAGGCCCACUCCGUCGUUUGAUUGGAGAUUUCGGUGUCCCCAUUGCUAUUUUCUUCAUGAUUGCUGUGGAUAUCAGCAUUGAGGAUGCUUACACACAGAAACUUGUUGUGCCAAAAGGCAUUGAGGUGACCAACCCCAAAGUCAGAGGCUGGUUCAUCAACCCCAUGGGAGAGAAGAAGGCCUUUCCCAUCUGGAUGAUGGCUGCCUGCUGUGUACCAGCACUGCUCGUCUUUAUCCUCAUCUUCCUGGAGUCCCAGAUCACUACGCUGAUUGUGAGCAAACCUGAGAGGAAGAUGGUGAAAGGAUCCGGGUUCCAUUGGGACCUGCUCAUCCUGGUCACCAUGGGGGGCAUCUCCUCUAUCUUCGGGGUACCCUGGCUUAGUGCCGCCACUGUGCGAUCCGUCACCCAUGCCAACGCUCUCACUGUCAUGAGCAAAGGCCCGAAACCAGAGAUUGAGAAGGUGGUUGAGCAGAGGGUCAGUGGCAUCCUCGUGGCCAUCAUGGUUGGCGUUUCCAUUUUCAUGGAGCCGAUCCUGAAGAUGAUUCCAAUGACAGCCUUGUUUGGUAUCUUCCUCUACAUGGGUAUCACCUCUCUGAGUGGAAUCCAGAUGUGGGACAGGAUGCUUCUCUUGAUCACACCAAAGAAAUACCAUCCUGGUGACGCCUACGCCACCAGGGUGAGCACAAUGCGGAUGCAUCUCUUCACUUUUAUCCAGCUUGUGUGCUUGGCUAUCCUAUGGGUUGUGAAGAUCAGUCCCUUCUCUCUGGCACUGCCUUUUGUGCUUAUUCUCACCAUCCCUCUGCGCAUGGCCAUGACCGGCACACUCUUCACUAACUUGGAGAUGAAAUGUCUGGAUGCUGAUGAUGCCAAAGUGACCUUUGAGGAGGAACCUGGGGUAGACGUGUACAAUGAGUCCCCACUGCCAUAAACAGCAUCAUAUCAUUCAUGUUUCAUUCACAAACUGCCAGUAAUUAUGUGACAAUUUCAUAUCAGGGAUCUUAAAAAAUAUGUAUUUGUAAACAUAUACAGUUUCAAACUUUUCUGUUCUGUUAUUAGUAUUUAUCUUUAAAGGAAACUCUCAGACAGGAACUCUCAUUUCUAGAAUUCAUAUUAUUAUUGUUAUUGUUAUUAUUGAGAUGUUAUUAUUAUUAUUAUUUCUGUAGCUGAAUCUAUGUGUGUGACCAAUAUUGUAUAUUGUCAAUCAUAUUAAAUUUUUCUUACUUAAGGUUGUUUAUUUAGCUAAACAUUAAGUUAUCAUUUGACCCAGGGGGAAAAAAACAUUUGAUUUCUUUAACUGAGGUGUUUUUCCUUAAGAUAUGGAGAAAAUUCAUUUAUAAUAUUGUUGUUUUUUUUCUUUUAGUGCAUAACUACAGCAUAGCUUAAAAGUGACAAGGGCUGCCACAUUGUAGAUCUGCCCGUGUUAUAAUAUUAUAAUUCCACUUAAUUUAAUGUUCACUAUUUAAGUUAAGCAAAUUUAAUCUCAUCAGCUUUAUGCACACGUACAAAUAAUGAUUUUUCAUGGGAUUGUCCCACCAGCCUUUCUCCAUACUUUGUUUUAACUUGUUACUCAGGUUUGCCUUAUUUGAUAUAUUUGAUGUAUGGUUUAUUGAACUUAAGGUUUACUUGCUGUUCAGUUGACUUGUUUAGAAUGUGUAUAGAAACAUAUGUAAUGCACUUAUAUCUGUUUUAGGUGAGUAGUUGCUGUAGUGAUUAUAAAAUGAGACAAGCAGUGAUGGGUAGACAGUUGAUAAUAAUAGAAUUAUUUGAGCUGACUGUUGCUUAUAAUCAGUGAAAAACUUAUUUGUAAAUGUACCUUAUUCUGCCUGUCCGUGUGUUUGUGUGCUUGAAACACUGUACAUGCUUGGUUUGAUUGGAAGGAUUUUCACUUUAUUAAAAAUAAAAACAUCCAUUAAA